AUGGGUGAAAGCACCAACCCCCGCGCCACGCUCCGUUUCGACCGCCGUAUACGGUUGGAGUUCCACGGCGCCACCAUUACCUCAGACGCCGGACUGUUGGCCUGUCGCGAGUUGGAUGAUGCGCUGGGACUGACGGAGACGGCGAAUGAGUGUCUGCAGGAGAGUCGGGGCGGUCGUAACGUGCAGCACCGAUUGGUGGGCCUUCUCAGGCAGUCGGUGUACAGUCGUCUGGCGGGCUACGAGGAUACCAACGACGCUGAACGGUUGUCCGACGAUCCGACGAUGCGUGUGAUCGUUGGACGGCGAGGUGGUCCUGAAAGACCGGCCGCCAGCACCAACACCAUGAGCCGGUUCGAGACCGAGGUGCUUACCCAAGACGGCAACGUGGAAGGGUUGGGCCGAGUGAACGCUGAGUGGGUGGACCGAGCGAUGACGCACACGGCGCACCGGCGGGUGGUCUUGGACAUGGACAGUUCGGAGAGUCCGGUGCAUGGAGAACAGGAGGGAGCGUCGUACAACGGUCACUGGGAGCACGUCUACACCCUUUGUUUCGUGUUU